CAGAGGCGGAGGAAAAUGGCGGCGCCUGAGGAGCGGGAGCUGACGGCGGAACAGACCGAGAAGCUGCUACAAUUCCAGGACUUGACUGGCAUAGAGUCCAUGGACCAAUGUCGUCACACGCUGGAGCAGCACAACUGGAAUAUAGAGGCAGCUGUACAGGACCGGUUAAAUGAGCAAGAAGGUGUCCCAAGUGUCUUUAACCCACCCCCAUCUCGACCGCUGCAGGUCAAUACAGCAGACCACAGGAUCUACAGCUAUGUUGUUUCAAGGCCACAGCCAAGGGGCCUUUUAGGAUGGGGUUACUACUUCAUAAUGCUUCCAUUCCGUUUUACCUAUUACACAUUACUUGAUAUAUUUAGGUUUGCUCUGCGUUUUAUACGUCCUGAUCCUCGUAGUCGGGUUACUGACCCAGUGGGUGACAUUAUUUCAUUUAUUCAUAUGUUUGAGGAAAAAUAUGGGAGGAUACACCCUGUCUUCUACCAGGGAACUUACAGCCAGGCACUGAACGAUGCCAAGCGGGAGCUGCGCUUCCUGUUGGUUUACCUUCAUGGAGAUGACCACCAAGACACGGAUGAAUUCUGCCGCAAUACGCUGUGCGUACCUGAGGUGGUUGCCCUCAUAAACACUAGAAUGCUCUUCUGGGCUUGCUCAACCAAUAAACCAGAGGGAUACAGAGUUUCCCAGGCUCUGCGGGAGAACACGUAUCCAUUCCUGGCUGUGAUCAUGCUGAAGGAUCGCAGGAUGACUGUAGUUGGGCGGCUAGAAGGCCUCAUCCAGGCUGAUGACCUUAUUAAUCAACUGAUGUUCAUCAUGGAUGCCAACCAGACAUACCUGGUGUCUGAACGCCUGGAAAGGGAAGAGAGGAACCAAACCCAAGUACUGAGGCAACAACAGGAUGAGGCUUAUUUGGCAUCCUUGCGUGCAGACCAGGAAAAAGAACGUAAGAAGAAGGAAGAAUGGGAGAGAAAGAAGAGAAAGGAGGAGGAAGUGCAGCAGCAAAAACUAGCAGAGGAGAGACGGCGACAGACGCUGCAGGAGGAGAAGGAGCGGAAGUCGGAAUGUCUUCCUCCUGAGCCACAUCCUGAUGACCCAGAGAGCGUUAAGAUCAUUUUCAAGCUGCCCAACGAUUCCAGAGUGGAGCGGCGAUUCCACUUCACGCAGUCACUGACGGUAAUCCACGACUUCCUGUUCUCCCUUAAAGAAAGCCCUGAGAAGUUCCAGAUCGAAGCCAACUUCCCUCGCCGCGUCCUGCCCUGCCUCCCUACAGAGGAGUGGCCCAACCCCCCCACGCUGCAGGAGGCCGGACUCAGCCACACGGAAGUCCUCUUUGUGCAGGACCUGACGGACGAUUGACACUUUCUUUGUUGUUUUUUUGUUUGGUUUGUUUUUUUCCACAAGACACAAAUUGGAAAAGAAAAUUCAGAUUAUUAUUAUUAUAAUACGAUAUUUUUUUUUAAAAGACUGCGUACAAAUGAGGGAUCAGAGACCACGACGCCUGUGCCAGCUGUGCUGCGUGUGCACGCUGGCAAGAGGGAGUGUGUGCACGUCCUGGCACACCCAUGUACACAGCCAUCCCCUGCGCUCGGAGGGCAGAGAGGGAGGGGAUCCCGUGUUGCCCCUCUCCCUUCCAAGGGGAGGAACAGGAAUGGCAGCUCUUGGUAAUUAUUGCUUUUAUUGAUGACAAUAAUAAUAAAACCCCGACAACCCGAUACCUUGUGAGGAUUUGAUGCUCUGCUGCUCCUGCCAGCCAGAAGACCGGGCACCUGAAUGUGCUGGGAGUGGGGUUUGGGAAAGGGCUGGACAAGAAUCUCUUCAGCUUCCCUCUCUGUAUAAAUAGUUUUUCUUUUAAUAUUUCUCUUGCUUUGUAAUGACCAAAGGAGAACGGGGUUGACUAUAGUAUUAACUUUUUUGAUAAAGAGCUGGUUCGAUUCUUACCUGUGUGGGACCUUGCCCAGGGUUCUUAGCCUGCGUAGUGUAAUAAACUCUGCCUCUAGCAUG